AUGUCAGGAGGGGGAACACAGAGCAGUUUAAGAAAAACUCUUGGAGCUCUUAAAGAUACCACCACUGUCAAUUUGGCAAAAAUAAAUAGUGACUACAAGGAAUUAGACAUUGCCAUUGUUAAGGCAACAAAUCAUGUUGAGCGCCCUGCAAAGGAGAGACACAUAAGAGCCAUCUUUGCUGCUAUAUCGGCUACCAGGCCUCGAGCUGAUGUAGCAUACUGCAUACAUGCCCUUGCUAGACGAUUGUCAAAGACUCAUAAUUGGGCGGUUGCCUUGAAAACUUUGAUUGUUAUCCAUCGUGCAUUGAGAGAGGUGGACCCCACAUUUCAAGAAGAAAUUAUAAAUUAUGGUAGGAGUCGAAGUCAUCUCCUUAACAUGGCUCAUUUUAAGGAUGACUCCAGUCCAAAUGCAUGGGAUUAUUCUGCCUGGGUACGAUCCUAUGCAUUAUUUUUGGAGGAGAGACUGGAAUGUUUCCGGGUGCUGAAAUUUGAUGUCGAGACGGAUCAUCCGAGAACGAAAGAUUUGGACACUCCGGAGUUGCUUGAGCAUUUACCAUCUUUGCAGCAACUUCUGUUCCGUGUCAUUGGCUGUCAGCCACAAGGGGCAGCAGUUCACAAUUUUGUCAUUCAGUUGGCCCUUUCCAUGGUUGCUUCGGAAAGCGUUAAAAUUUACAAUGCUAUAAGUGAUGGUACAGUUAAUUUGGUUGACAAGUUUUUUGAGAUGCAACGUUAUGAUGCACUUAAGGCUUUGGAUAUAUACCGGAGAGCUGGGCAGCAGGCUGAGAGAAUGUCAGAGUUUUACGAAGUAUGUAAAAACCUCGACGUUGGACGCGGAGAAAGAUUUAUAAAGAUUGAACAGCCUCCUGCAUCAUUUUUACAAGCUAUGGAGGACUAUGUGAGGGAAGCACCACGAUCUUCCACAGCUCGCAAGGAUUUGGCUGAUGAUAAGGCCAAGGUGAUCUUACCCAUAGAGUAUAAUAAAAAGAAUUCAGUGAUGAAAGAAGAACGUACAACAUCGCCACCUCGACCUGAGCCUGAACCAGAACCCGAACCAGUUAAAGUAGAAGCUCCCGUUUUUGAACCUCCUGAUUUAUUGGGUCUGGAGGAUCCUGUUCCAGCUGCCUCGGAGUUAGAUGAGAAGAAUGCUAUGGCUUUAGCCAUUGUGCCAGCUGCCGACCAACCAGGUUCCGCUGGACCUAAUCUGUCAAAUGGAGCUACGGGCUGGGAAUUAGCACUUGUUACAGCUCCAAGCUCGAACGAGAGUGCCACAGUUGCUAGCAAAUUGGCGGGAGGGCUAGACCUACUUACACUAGACAGCCUAUACGAUGAUGCAAUCAGAAGAAGUAACCAGAAUGUAAGCUACAAUCCCUGGGAACAAUUUCCAAUAUCCAAUCCAAUGAUGUCACAAACAGCACACGACCCUUUCUACGCCUCCAACACAGUGGCCGCACCACCUUCUGUUCAGAUGGCAGCCAUGGCCCACCAAAACCCCGCAUUCAUGUUCCAGCAGCAACAGCAGAUCAUGAUGAUGGGCCCACAACAACUCGGGAACCCAUUUGGAAACCAGUAUCGAGCCAGUGGCCAUCCCCACAGCUCAGGUAUGCCUAUUCAAGCCUACAAUCCUUAUAAUGGCCUUUUAUGA